CCGUAUUAAAACAAGCAACAGACUGAAAGCAACUCGAGCUGCACAUUAUCCCACGACCACUAUCAAUUUAGACCCGUUAUUUCGUUGUCCAUUAUAAGAUGAGAUAAUCCUCCGUUCAUAAAGUAUAGGGAACCCCACACCAUGUUAGUGUAUCAGUGAACUCGCAUCAUCCAUCCUCAUGAGGUCACGAUCAAAAGUUGUUUUAUCUGUGCACGAGUGAAGUUGUAAACGAAAGUUCCGAUAUGGCAGAUCGUAAACACCUGCCCUAUUACUUUGAAGAGAAUGAACUGGAUACCUAUUUCAGUAAGAAUAAAAUCAAAAUUCCUGAUCCAGAAAAAGUAAAAUGUCUUCUCCUUUAGAAAAUUAUGGGCCUUCACAGGUCCUGGAUUCCUUAUGUCAAUCGCCUACUUAGAUCCAGGAAACAUAGAAAGUGAUCUCCAGUCGGGGACAAUAGGAAAUUACAGUUUGCUGUGGGUUCUUUUUGCAGCCACUAUAUUAGGAUUAGUUAUGCAGUCACUAGCUACAAAACUAGGAGUGGUGACUGGCCUUCAUCUAGCAGAAAUGUGCUAUAGAAAGUAUAAAAGAGUACCUAGAAUAAUAUUAUGGAUUAUGGUGGAGAUAGCUGUCAUAGGAUCUGACAUGCAAGAAGUAAUUGGAACUGCAAUAUCAAUUUACUUGCUCUCGAAUAAAAUAAUACCUCUAUGGGCAGGUUGUCUCAUCACUAUAGUUGACACAUUCACGUUCCUCUUCUUGGAUAAGUAUGGACUCAGAAAAUUAGAAAUGUUGUUUGCCUUCUUGAUUGGAGUUAUGGGUGUAACUUUUGGGUAUGAGUUUGUUGUAUCGAAUCCACCCCAAGGCGAAGUCAUCAAGGGACUUCUCGAACCUUGGACGCAGAAAUAUGACUCGAAAGUACUCAUAAUGGCCGUUGGAGUGAUAGGCGCUGUCAUCAUGCCACACAACCUCUACCUCCAUUCAGCUCUUGUCAAAUCUAGAGAUAUCGACAGAAAAAAACCAGAAAAAGUAAAAGAGGCCAGAAUGUAUUAUCUUAUCGAGAGUUCACUAGCUUUGAUAUGCAGUCUAAUCAUAAACAUAUUUGUCGUUUCCGUAUUUGCUCAUGGUUUGUAUCAGAAGACAAACAAUCAACUGCUUAAUGAAUGCAAAGCAAACAACUCUGAUGUUUACUCCAGGGCAAAGGACGUUUUUGAGCCCAAUGAUGAAAUUAUCGAUGCUGAUAUUUACAAAGGUGGGAUAUUCCUUGGCUGCACUUAUGGCAUUGCAGCUCUCUACAUAUGGGCCAUAGGAAUUCUAGCGGCUGGUCAAAGUUCAACAAUGACUGGUACCUACGCUGGUCAAUUUGCGAUGGAAGGAUUCCUCAAUCUGCAAUGGCCUAGGUGGAAGAGAGUACUUUUCACUAGAAGCAUUGCCAUGGUUCCCACAUUCUUCACCGCGUUUUUUAGCAAUUUGCAGGAAGUCACAAACUUGAACGACUUCUUGAAUGCUGUGAUGAUGCUACAGCUACCUUUUGCAAUUAUUCCAACCAUCACAUUCACUAGUGAUCCAAGAAUUAUGGGACGUUUCGUGAAUGGAAUAGCUUUCAAGUUAUGUUCCUUAGUGCUUGGAGUGAUCGUCAUCGCAAUCAACGCCUUCUUCGUGGUUACAAAACUCUACGAGUCUGAGUUAUCAACAUUUUCUUUGAUACUCAUUGUGAUUCUUUCCAUAUGCUACUGCAUUUUCGUACUUUAUCUUAGUUUACAUAUGUAUAUUUCGUUUGGUAGUUCGAGUCUGGAGAAGCAUUAUUUAAUCCAACAGUAUGUCAUGAAUGACCUACAUAGCAGUAGAUCCACGAAUGAAGUAACGUAAACAAAUUAACUACCUUUUAGAAUUUAUAAAAGUGAUUUAUGGAUUUUAGAUAUUUUGAGACGUAUGUAAAUUUUGAAUACUAUACGAAUACUGUGAUAAGUUUUUAUACUGUUUAUUAUUAUUUAUGUAAUAUAACCGAAAAAAAAUAAUAUUUGAAUAUUUCAAAAUAAACUGUUUUCCAG